GUGUGUGUGUGUGUGUGUGUGUGUUGACGCCGGCCAGCUGCUACUGGAGAACAGCGCUGAUGAUGGGAACACAAACACGGACGGUGUGAGGAUCCGGUGAUGCUGCUGAGGCCGUGAGGCGAGCCGAACCGCGUCGAGCUUCACCUACUCUCCCGCCCUGGAUGAUUACCUAUCCCGAUGGGGUGUGGAGGGAGUCGGGCGGACGCAAUCAUCGUGCCGAGGUACCAUGAAAGCUGGACCAGAGAAACCGAGUCGACAUGGCUCACGAACACGGACGUGGAGACCCCUGUCUCGGUUUCUAACAGUAAAGCCACGGAGGCCGGUCUGAGGGAGAAGAGGAUGGUGACUACAGGGACCCAGUGUGGGAAGCAGGCCCUCGCCACCAAUGGCUCCAACCACCAGAGGAGACUUAGACGCUCCUUAAGUGAAAGUACUCGUGACUCCAAAAGGAGGGCAUCGAAGGAGGCCAGCUCUCUGUCGAAAGACAGCCAGUCUAUCAGCAUCAACGCCAGCGCAGAUGCUGAACCAGAAAGCGCGUGCGACGAGAGAUGAAAGCAGAGCUGAAACGCUGUGAGGAGGGCAGACGACCAGGACUGCAAACACUUCAGCAGAAAAACAGGACGCUAAUUUGCAGUAUUGCAGACGCCGUUUGCUUGUGACUUUGCAAGAACCCAGCUGUCAGCCGCAGUGGUCGAGCACCCGCUUACAUUUCUGUCCAAAGACCUCUGGAUGCUGCAUUGCUGUUGCAUGCGUGAGGAGGAGAGUGCAGCUCACACUCGCCGCCAUAUGCUUCAUGCUAAAAUAGCGUCGGUCAGGGAAUGUGUCGCUGUGUUAAGACGACUUUUAAAAAUCAUUUAAGGAGAGGAGAUCACCCCAUAAAUGCACACGAUAAUCACGGUCUGCACAUCGGUUGUGUUGUGUGUUGGGGCUUCCUGAUGUAUUUGCUUUAGUUCUUUGUGCAGUUAUACUCUCUUUUUGGUGCUCGUAUAAAACCCACUAAGUAUGCUGCUUAACUUCAGUCAUUGCGGUGAGUAUUUUUGAUUUAAAAAGCCUAAAGUGCUGUUUAGAAGCUGAGAUUUGGAUGUCUGAAGCUUAAAGGCUAAAGACUGUCUGCUCCAGCAUUUGCAAGUUAAAAACAAACAAACUAUACCUGCAUGUGCCUACGAUUCCUCUUGAUUUGAAAACUUUUGAUCUAUUUUAUUACUUUUUUUGUCUAUAAUGUGUUCUACGGUUUUUCCUUUUGCCGUUUUUUGUGUGUGUCAUUUUAAGUUUUUAUCCAGAAUGUAAUGUAAUAUCAGCCAAAUAUCAGUU